AUGGCGCAUUGCCCGAAGGGAGUCAGGGGAAGACGAGGCAGGCCUGGUCCCCCAGGUAAACACGGGCCAGCUGGGCCUCAGGGACCACAAGGACCAAGAGGAACUCAAGGAGAUCAGGGGCCUCCUGGACCUAAAGGCGAUCAGGGGCCUCCAGGACCCAAGGGUGAUCCUGGUGAAUCCAUCUCAGCUCCUUCGAUUGUGUCACCUCCGACGUCCAUCGUCGUAAACAAAACUGGUAUAGCGUCACUGCAGUGCGGGGUCAAAGGAAAUCCAGUGCCCCAGGUCACGUGGCUGAAGGAAAAUUCCAGUCUUCCCUCCGAUAAACGAAUCAUGCAAUCACGUGGCGACCUUGUGAUAAGAAAUGUGACGUCACAAGAUGAAGGAGUGUACACAUGUCGGGCAAGAAAUAUUCUUGGAGUGGUGACUUCAUCGGCCACAUUGACUGUUCAAGGUAAUUACUUUUAAUAUUAAAAUUAAUAUUAAUGUCCCAGUGUACAGGUGAAAAAAUCUACAGUAGCUUUGAGAUAACAAAGCUUAGCGAUUCAUAUUCAAACUACAGAUAAUUCUACUGUCUACUUGAACAAUUUCUCGUAGCAGAGAGUUUCGACAUCAAGCCCAAACUAUCUUACACGUAUGGAAAGUCUAUGAAGUUUCUGCACAUUGUAUUUGGCCUGUGUUCGGUAUGUUCUAAUAAGUUACAAUUGAGUAUCCUGUUCCCACAUCUAAACAAUAUGAAUACUGUUACUUUUCUAGAAAAAGUAUAUAUUAACUUAAGAUUCUUAAGAACGAAGAAUCUCUGGCAUGAUGUACGCUUGAGCCUGUUUACAUGAACAAAGGUCUUGUCCCCCAUACCCCAUAACAUCCCUGAUGUUGUCAAAAAAAGAUUAGGAUUAUCACACGGGAAAAUUGAAUCAUGGGACCAAUGCAAAUAAAACUUAUGGCUUACACUCAGCACGAUAAAUCCGUAGUCGACAUCAUUCCUUAGCUUUUGCAAUUAAGAUAUCUGUCUCUUAAGCAUUUUCUUUGACUACCUUGUCUUAAGAUAUUGGCUGCAGUGUUGGAUUUGCAGUUAAACCGAUAAACCUUACAGUCAGAGUCGUAGUGGAGGUGUUAAGAGCCCUAAGGGUCGUUAUAGGCUUAACUGAAUCGCAAUCGCAAGAAUCAAAAUGUUUCCAUUUUCUUCCUACUCCCCUCGGCUAUCAUGACUCCGUCGAAUUACGGGCUCGUGAUCGACGGAGUUGCAAGCGAAUUAUAGCGCUCUCUCUACUAAAUCAUCACACGGGAGCUUUUACGUACAACCCCAACCUCGAAUCUGUCAUAUUUUACGCUGGUGCAUUAAAUGGGACGGAAAAAGUCGUUCAUGAACUUCAAAGUGAUCGGCUAAGUGUCAGGUUAACUUAAAGGAAAUUCCCUAGGAUGCUUUUAAGUUAAUUGACGUGCAGUUUUUUUUUCUGUUAAUCAGUUGCUGCCUUAGCUUGUUCACAAAAAAGCCUUCGUCUGUUAUCCUUGAAGAAGGAGAAAACGUAACCCUUGUGUGCAAAGCUUCUGGUCUGCCGAUACCAACGAUCACAUGGCAAAAACCAUUAGGUUAUUUGCCAAGAGGAAGAACUGCAGUGAUCGAUGGGAAUAUGACUUUAAUUAGUGUAACUAAAAAGGAUACUGGGACUUACGUAUGCUCAGUAAAGAAUCUCCUUGGAGAAGACUUCGCUUUGGCCGUGAUAACAGUGAUUGACAGGCUCAAAUUUACCGUGACACCUCCUUUAAAGAUUGCCGCAUCUGUGUUCAACAACCUGACGCUAAAUUGCAAAGCCCAGGGAGCCCUAGAAAUGACUUGGAAGAGGACAAACAAAAAUCUUCCUCAAAACCACGUUUUUAUUUCAAACGGAAGUUUGUUUCUCAAACAGGUGACUGCAAAUGAUGACGGAUCUUACACAUGUGUUGCAAGAAACUAUCAAAAAACAAUUGAGGCAUCAUGUGUUGUAGAAGUGCUCAAACCCAUGUCCUGUAGCAGUAUAAAAUCAGGCCACAGUGGAAGCUCUUCAGGUAAUUUUAUUAUUGACCCUGAUGGAAAAGGAGGCCUGGCUUCGUUCAGUGUGUAUUGUGAUAUGAGUGACAAGGGAGGAGUUGGCGUGACAGUCAUAAGUCACGACAGCGAGAGGAGAACAUACGUUGCUAACAUUCCUGGGUGUGAGGUUGAUAAACCAGGAUGUUACAGUAAAGAUGUAACUUACAGUGGAGUCAGCACCGCUCAGCUAGCAGCACUCAUUCGCAUUUCGCAGAACUGUGAACAAUUCAUCAAGUUUGAGUGUAAUAAUGGUGUAGGAUUUGUACCGGAGUCGGUUGCCUGGUGGACGUCACGUGAUGGGAUGAAAAUGAACUACUGGGGAGGAGCUGGUGGGUCAUCUAAUAUGUGCGCAUGCGGGGUAACAAACUCUUGCUCAAGUGGAAAAAAAUGCAAUUGUUAUAACGGUGGCAGCGGCUGGAGAGAGGACAGCGGUCUACUAACGGACAAGUCUGCAUUACCUGUGUCACAGAUAAGACUGUCAGACCUGAAUGACCCAGGUGAACAAGGAUAUCAUACAUUAGGAAGGCUCAAGUGUUAUGACCUGGCAUGA